AUGGAGUCAUCCCCAUCCUCGCUGAGUUAUCUACGCGCUGUACAGCAGUUGGAGAAGAAGACAGAAGAGCUGGAGCGCGUCUUUAAUGAGGCGCGGCGGCUAGAGCGCGAGAACUCAACACUCGCGCGAGAGAAUGCCGCACUGCGGGAAGAGCGGGACGCACUCGCACAAAAUGUGGCGCGCCUCGAAGCGCAGAACCGCGAGUGGCGGGAUGAGUUUGGCCUCUUGGAGGCACAAGUGCGACAGCAACAGCAGCACCUGCAGGAGCACAUUGAGCGGGAGUUCACGCGUGUGCAGGAAGCAGCGUUGCGGGGCCGUGAACACGGUGCUGAAGUCAUCGCACAACAACAACUAUUACAACAAGAAGAACAAGAAAAAGAAGAAAAAGAGCGGAAACAGUCAGCGUUGUUGGAGGCAAAAUGCCGCGGACUAAGACGCGAAGUGGCACAGUUACGGCGUGCACUUGCAGUGGCGGGUGUGAACAGUCAGCAACAACACGGCCAUCACACCACACAUACACGCGCACGCAAACGUGAAGGUGAUGUGAUGGACGAGAUUGAGGCGCGGGCCCUCGCCGGUGUUCGGGGAGAACUCGCAGCGUUUGCCGCAGAGAACGAGCGACUGAUGAACGCGUUGGAACUGGAGCGUGACGCACGUGUUGCGGCCGAGUCUGGCGUAGAAAAUCUACAGCAGUUGCUGCGGCGACAGCGAGAUGUGAGUGAACAACAGCUGCAGCUAGCGAAGCAGGAACUUCAGGCACUUAAUAUGCAGAACGACACUCUCCUACAGGAUCUAAGAUAUCUGAUGGGAGGUGAUGCACAGAACAAUGGUGAUGCUAACAGCACUUCGGUAUUCCUAAAGGAGAUGCACGCUAAAAAGCCGCGUCAUCGUCAAAAACUUACAGUCGACCGUGGCACCAUAACAACUGAGGUGCACUUAAGUACACUGCAAUCACCUGAAAAAGCUGCAGAAAAUGUAGCUGACAUUCCGGUAAAAACUACCAACACCACAAGAACAACAACAGCAAGUGUUCCAUCUACAGGGAACAUGUUCGCUAGUUUGAAUCAAACAGGUAGUUACGAUUCAAAUACAUAUAUAAAGGAGCUCCUUCAAAGAGUUCAUAACCUUGAGGAAAAAAACAGAGAACAAGAUCAUAUAAUUCGUGAAAAAGAGACGAAUGAGCGACUACUCGAAGAACGUGUUGCACUUAACGCAGAAGAAAAGCAGCACUUGCGUUCCUUACUAGAGCAGGCAGAGGCAUUUGAAAAGACCAGGGAAAGCAGUAAUAUCGUACGAGCAGUGGCAGACACUGAACUGAGCACAGUUCUAGAAGCCAUUAUUGACCUACUGCGUCUCUACGUGGAUUGUGCAGCUCGGCUACGAGCCCGUUUAUUUCCCCAAAAUAUCCCAAUAGAGUCUACCCCUUUCCCCCUUAUUCCCUGUCGUGAAUACAGUAGCCCACACUUAAAUGCAAUAUUCACCCACAUUGGCGGAAUAAGACACAUUGCAACCGUAAUAGAUGACCUCGGGAAGACAAAAUAUGAGCAAGUAAAGGAGAAACAACAUCCACUAGAACCUUCAGCAACUUCUACAAGAGAACACGAGUCUGGCAUCUGUACUAGUUCUUCACAUAACCGACAAGAGGUAGUCACCAGCACUCAUUCAUCAACAUUACUGCAAUGCACAAACUUCCUAAAAAAUAGACAAACUACAAGCGCUAUUGGUGCAUGGCUGGAAGCCAGAAAAAACAACCUACAGGAGCAGCUCAGUAACAAGAAAACAUUCAGAACAGCUUCACCCAUACAUGAACAGACUCUACCAAAGCAAAUAUACCAAUCAGGUGAAACAUUAGUUGAAGCCGCAAACGGACUACACAAACAAUCAUUCCACUCACAAAGCAAAGCGAAAUUCACACCUUAA